AUGCCUCCCAAGAAGGCCGUUGUUCAAGAGAAGGUCCAUCUGGGCCGUCCUGGUAACAACCUCAAGAGUGGUAUCGUUGGUCUCGCCAACGUCGGCAAGUCCACCCUCUUCCAGGCCAUCACCAAGUCGUCGCUGGGUAACCCCGCCAACUUCCCCUAUGCCACCAUUGACCCGGAAGAGGCGCGUGUCAUUGUCCCCGAUGACCGCUUCGACUGGCUGUGCGAGCACUACAAGCCCAAGUCGCAGGUGCCCGCCAACUUGACCGUCUACGAUAUCGCCGGUCUGACCCGCGGUGCCUCGACCGGUGCUGGUCUCGGUAACUCCUUCCUGUCGCACAUUCGUGCCGUCGACGCCAUCUUCCAGGUCGUCCGCUGCUUCGAUGAUGCCGAGAUUAUCCACGUCGAGGGUGAUGUCGACCCCGUCCGUGAUCUCAACAUCAUCAGCGAGGAGCUGCGCAUCAAGGAUAUCGAGUUCGUCGAGAAGGCCUACGAGGCCCUCAACAAGCAGACCAGACGUGGCGGCCAGUCCCUGGAGAUGAAGAAGUUGAAGGAGGAAGAGGCCAACGUCUUCAAGGUUCUUGAGUUCCUCCGGGCUGGUAACGAUGUCCGCAAGGGAGAUUGGUCCCCCAAGGAGGUCGAGGCUAUCAACCCUCUCCAGCUGCUCACCGCCAAGCCGGUGGUGUACCUGGUCAACCUGAGCGAGAAGGACUACAUCCGCCAGAAGAACAAGUACCUGCCCAAGGUGUUCGAGUGGAUCAAGACCAACUCCCCCGGCGACUCGCUGAUCCCCAUCUCCGUGUCGUUCGAGGAACGUCUCACCCGGUUCGAGACCGACGCUGCCGCUCUCGAGGAGUGCAAGUCUCUGAACACCAAGUCGGCCCUGCCCAAGGUGAUCACCACCAUGCGUCAGGUGCUGAACCUGGCCAGUUUCUUCACCACCGGUACCGACGAGGUGCGCCAGUGGACCAUCCGCAAGGGCGUCAAGGCCCCCGGUGCCGCUGGUGUUAUCCACACCGACUUCGAGAAGACCUUCAUCCAGGCCAUCGUCUACAACUACGCCACCCUGCGUGAGUAUGGCGAUGAAGCCGCCGUCAAGGCUGCCGGUAAGGUCAUGACCAAGGGUAAGGAUUACCUGGUCGAGGACGGAGACGUCCUGCUGAUCAAGGCUGGUGCUGCCCGCGACAACCCACACAUCCCCCCUCGCCCCCGACAAACCACCAUGUUCAAGAAAGAUAUCCCCCCGAGCAACCGCUCGAAAGUCAAGUCGUCGGUGCAGCGCGGUCUCCGCCAACGCUUCCUAGACGCCUACCCGGGUUUCGAGCCUUACAUUGAAGAUGUCCUGCCGAAGAAGGCGCAGCUGGAUGCCGUGAAACUCCCCGAAAGAACAACCCUCUACACAAUCGACUCAACCCCCCUCUUCUACCAACCGAUGGACGGGCCCCCGAUCCCGCACCUGAAGCUAGUGCACCAGUACCCUGACGCCAUCCCGACGGUGCAGAUCGACCGCGGCGCGAUCCGGUUCGUGCUGUCGGGCGCGGCGCUGAUGGCGCCCGGCCUGACGAGUGCGGGCGGCUGGUUGCCCGAGAAGGAGAAUGAGGUUAAGGCCGGAGAGGUGGUCGCUGUUAAGGCGGAGGGGAAGGACACGGUUUGUCUCAUUGGCAUGUUGAAGGCCGGUACCGAGGAGAUUAAGGAGAAGGGGAAGGGCGUGGUUAUGGAUGAGGGGCAUUAUCUGGGUGAUGGGCUUUGGAGGAUGAAUUUGGAUUGAUUGAUUGAUUGAUUGAUUGAUUGAAUCGUGG